AUGGCUGACAAAGUAAGAGACACCCAUCAGUUCCUCUACCAGAAGGCCAAAUAUAUUGGGCUUGGCGAUGCAGAUACGACUCGGGAGCAGUUUAUCACUAAUGUACAGAGAGAUACGCUAGCGUCAGUGGCCAUGCACGACAGUUUGCUCACGUAUAAUGCUGUGGCUACCAAUACUCAUCGUGAGUUGUUGAGGCAGCAAACUAUUAAGAAGAUGGUUCAACCAAUGAGAAAGACUGAGAAUGGACCGUGA